UGAGGAUAGUGAUUCUCAAAAUGAUUUGGCUUUAAAUGAUAACAAAAUUGAGGCAAUUUUUGACUUGAUGGGUAUCUUAUUAAUUUUACUUAGCAUAGAUGCCGUACAUGCUUCUAAUUCAAGGACUGCAACGUUAACUUAUUUCUCAUUGCGAAUGCUUAGUUAUUUCUUUCAAUCACUUAUAUUAGCUUUAUCUAUAUUUUUCACUUACAGUAUUUAUAAAAGUACUGGAGAUUUCUUUUAUGUUCAAUAUCUUAUUACUUCAUUAGCGUUCGCUACUGCAAAUUUAUUGUUGGAUCUCAUUAAUAGGCAUGAGCCUGAUAUUUUAUCUUCUAGUGAAUUUGUUGAAAUUGCUAUUCGUACUCGUACUCUAUCGGCUGUUAGUAUAGACCAAAAAGAAGAAACUAUUACGUGCGCUGGGAAGAUAGUUUCAGUCAUCUUAGCCUUUAUAUUUGGUGAAUUAAUGAAUCAUGGUAUAUUAGAAGAUGAAUAUAAUUUUGCAGUCAUGACCGCUGUAAAAGAGAAAUUGAAAUUGGCCUCAAUAUGUUCACAAUUUAUUUUUUGUUUAAUUGUUCGGCCUUCUGUCCUAUGGAUUAAAUCUUAUCUUACAGCACUAGUUAUAUAUGCUUCGAUAGAUGUUAAAAUCAGAGAACUCAGAGCAGAAAAGAGAAGGAAUAAGCAUAAAGUUCAUGAACCUCCUGUGGAUGAUGAGAAGCAUACCGAGGCAGUAACAAAUGUAGUUUAA